AAAAGGAUCCUACAAAUGUACAGUAGCUAAUGAGUUUUCAGAAGUUGAAGCAGAGUUGAUUGUACAAGCUCCCUCUCCUCCAUCUAAUGUGGGAGUAUCUCAGAAUGGACUGAACAGUCUACUGGUGACCUGGACACCAUCAGCAGGACCCAAUGUUACUGGCUACACUAUCUACUACCAGCAAAUAGAUGGAAGACAAAAUGGCUCAGUGAAAGCCGUAGAGACAGAUACUAGCAUCGUCAUCACUGGACUAACACUAGGAGCAAACUUUUCUAUAAGUGUAGUGACUAAUUCCAGUACACUACCAAGUAUUGUCACCUAUGGGCCAAAUGUCACCAUACAGCAAAAAGUUGCCUAUACUGUGGAAAACUUUGAGGUAAUUUCAGUAUCGGAGACCUCUCUCACAUUCUCCUGGAGCCAGCCCAGCACUGGGGCCCACCUCACCACUGGCUACAACCUGACAUGUGUCCCUCUCCUGACUGGGAUCCCAUUCCCCUCAGUCUCUUCCCACUGUCGGCACCAACCCUCACCUCAGCCACAAUGUCUGGACUCUUCUCUGGAGUUCCAUACAACUGCAGCAUCUCCACCAUAUCUGACAGAGGAUCCUCUCUCCCUGCCUCCCUCUACAUCACUACCAAUGAGUCUGGUAUUUACCUAUACACACACACUGAACACACAAACACCAUUGUUGGAAGGAGAGGAUUGUGGCAGUGAGCCCUUUUUGGGCAUUCUCUUUCUUGUGUACUUGUAGCUCUAUGUGCACAAAAAAGUUUAUUCACGUGACUUCCAUUUCUCAGCAUUGUACGUGUACUAUGUAACCCCAUUACUUUCACGAUGACAGUAUAUAAUUCCCUCAGCUCCAUCAGGAUCUCCAGAGAUGUUAGAUGCAGUGCCUGGAGAGAGAGAGAAGUGGAGUUCUCCUGGUCUCCUCCUCCUGUCACCCAGCGUAAUGGAGUCAUCACCAGCUACACUAUCUCCUGCUCCCCCUCCCCCUCCUCCCUCCCUCACUCCCCCACCUCCCAGUCUGGACCUCACACAGUGGCCGGCUUCUCUCCCAACACUCACUACUCCUGUUCUCUGGUGGCCAGUAACACUCGGGGCUCUGGACCUCCUGCCAACACCUCAUUCAACACUCAACAAGACUGUAAAAUUCAGUUGAUAUUAGUUUCAGAAUAUGUUAAUGCUUUCCCCACAGAUUCCUUCUUUCAACUUCGUUUGGGUAAAGUUCCCACUUCCUGUUCUGAAGAAAUUAGUUCAGAGAGAUCCCUGAAACUGGAGCACAUUACUGCUGCAGUAGUGAAGGAGUUAAAGUCGUCUUGUUCAGAGUGUGGGCCAGAAAUGAUAGACAACCAGCUAUUUGUCUGCUAUCCAGAGUCUCCGUCGUUCCUGACGUAUCGAGCCAGACUGGAGGGAACCUCUGAGAGGGACAGUGGCUCCCUCGUCUCUCUGAUAGAGGCCUGGGUGAGAGGAGGCGAGGCCAGCCUCAUCAUGACUGGAGUACUCAUGACCGUGGACUCCCACUGCUCAGUGGCCAUCUCUUCUCUCAACGAGCCUGAGUGCUCCACUGACAUGCCUGCU